CUUUCCUUGAGCCUGGUCAGUCCAACGAGAAGAGUACAAAGAAGGGAAACAAGAAAGGUGGGAAGAGAGAAGAGAACAAAGCUGAUAGUUCAGAUGGCCGAGGAGAUAGAGGAUUGGUGUUUUUCGAGACUGAUGAGGUGAAAAAAGAAAAGACAGAGAUUGAUGAUACUAAGGAUGUGAAAAUAGACAUUUCAGAGAAGAAAGUUGAGGAAAUUUUCAAAAUUUUGAAUAAAGUCCCAAACCGAACAGACAGUGGGGUUUCUAGUGCAGAGCCCUUCUUUUCCUCAAGGGGUAGAGGGCUUCCCCCAAAGUGGGAUACCCCUGCUGGGACUGUGGUUCUAGUGAACAAGCCAAAAGGAUGGACUUCAUUUACAGUCUGUGGAAAGUUGCGCCGCCUAACCAAAGUGAAGAAGGUAGGCCAUGCCGGGACUCUUGACCCUAUGUCCACUGGUUUAUUGAUUGUAUGCAUUGGUAAAGCCACAAAGCUCGUUGAUAGAUACCAGGGUAUGAUUAAGGGCUAUAGUGGAACUUUCCGUCUAGGAGAAGCUACCUCUACUUGGGAUGCAGAUUCCCCGGUGUGUUUUAUGUGACAUUUUCACAAUUACUCCAUCUGUCCCAUGUAAAUGUUUUUUGUUUGACUUGACUAGUUUUUAUAAAUUCAUUUUUACACUUUGACUUCUAAAUUUUCCCCUAAAUAAGUGAUUUGAGAGUAAAACAUUUUACUUAUAAAUUAGUGAUGGAUCUGAGACAGAUGUAAAAGGAUAGUAGAAAUGUUAUUUAGGGACGAUGGAAGUAAAAUACUUUAAAUGCUAGUAGAGAUACUUGGUAGGACCUACCAACGACGCAAACAAAAAAGAGACCCAUGAAGCAUGCUGCAGCUUGAAUUAAAAUUAUAAAUGUCUUUUUAAUUUUUGUGUGUUAGUUUUGAAUCAUGGGUUAGUUGUUGUGCUAUUUAAAAAAGGUGCUUCCUGCACAUAUUAACAGUCUAAGAUCAUGGCUCCACUUUCCUCCUAGUCAUGGAUCCACUUUCCUAGUUUUUAAGAGUGAAUAUAAUUGGGCCUCAAGAGAAAGCAUGUGUUUGUUCAUGGAAGCGUCUGUUGAGUCUAGUUGUUCUUGGGUACCCAUUUUGAUGGGCUCUGAUGCCAAACUGUUACAAGCCUGAGUUUGAGAUUGUGUCACAGAGCGGUGUGAAGAAGAAAGUAAUAGAGUAAUUAAUUCCCAUCAAUUAGGUUUCCUAGUUUAUUAUUAUGUUUCCUAAUGUAUUUUGGAUACUAUUUCUUAUAUAUAUGACAUCUAGGGCUCCCAAUUGGGUUAAAUCAUUCCAUUAUUCUCACAUGGUAUCAAGAGCUCUAGGUUUUAGUCCAAAUUUAAAAAAAAUCCGCUCCUAUGGCCUCUGCCGCCGAGUCUCAAGCAGUCACCGCCGCCGCAUCCCAAGCUGUCACCACCGUGACCGACCCCAUGCUGAGCGUGACCGACUACCAGCCUAUCUCCUCGCCUUUGCCGACAGCGGUCGUCUCUUCCACGGCUGACCAGCUUCGCUCGCAGUCGUACUCGGCGUUCCCUUCUUCCCUUCCGGCAGCAACGUGGGUCCCCCUAUUUUCACUUGGACUCCGUCUGCGCCGACUUUCAGUCCGUUGGUCCAGACACCAUCUCAACAGCUCCCCGUGUUCCUCGGUUUGCCGGGCCCACGUUAUCGGGCAGUCCAGGUUUGGAGCUUCCUUCGGCUGGAGUUAUUGGACAACAGUCCACUCAGAUGCCCACGUCGUUUGCUACACUUGCUCAAGGUAUGACUUUUGGGGCCUCUGUUACAACUAUCGUGACCUCAAAAUUGACAGCUGUUGAGGAUUAUUUGCCCUGGCUCACUCAGUUUGAAUCUUUUGUGGUAGCCAACGGCCUUUUGGGAUUUCUUGAUGGCUCUCUAUCCGCUCCGCCUAUGUAUAUUUAUGAUUUAUAUCAGGCUCAGUCCCCGAAUCCUGAAUAUUAUCAUUGGCUCAAAUUAGACCAGGCGGUACGUGCCUGGUUGUUUGCAACCCUUUCCUGAGAUAUUUUGAUGGAAGUUGAUAGGGAGCAGGCCGGGGCAGCCGGUCAGCGGGCAGAUGCGACCGAAGGAGAGCUGGGCCCCAGGCCCUUGAUAGUCUACAGGAGGCGGGGACGGGCCUGAGCCCACCUUCGUGGGCUGGCUAUUUCAGUGGCUUUAAUUAAUUAGGAGUUUCCUAAUUAUUACGUUUCCUAUUUAUUUCCUAUUUAUUAUGUUUCCUAUUUCAAGUUAGUUUCCUAUUUAUUAUGUUUCCUAUUUCAAGUUAGUUUCCUAGUAUGAUUUAAUUAGGAGUUCUACCUUAAUUAGAACUAGUAGGCUAUUUAUACCCUGAAUAGGGUUAUUCGAACUAUGCUUAUGAUGGAUAGUGUACCCGGGGGUAGCUUAUCCGAGGGGUUAUUACGGGGAAUAACUAGAGAGAAGUCAGAGCAAGUAAGUAUAUAGAGAGAAAGUAUAUUAGAAAGUAUUCAGCGUGUUAUGACCUGGUUACAAAUGGGGAAAUGGGGUGCUAUUUAUAGUAGCAAUAAAUGCCGGACAGGGACACGUGUCAAGCGUUCAUUGGCCGAGGGGUCACCUCAACUGGUUGGCGCUGACAACCGCAUGUGGCCGCAUUUAAUGCGGUUGUUGGAUGGGACGUUGUACAGGCUACGGUGAUCUAUACGCAUGUGGAGCGGAUAUUAUGUCGGAAAAGGUGCCCUCGGUAGUAGAUGACUAGCCGAGGGCUCUGAGUACCGGGGACCCCUUUAGUGCCGAGGGCUCUAGGUGCCGAGGGCUACUGAUUUUCGCCGUUUUUCCCAGUAACUUUGUUUUCCUGUCUUGGCCCUCCUGUGAGAUUUAGAGCCUUCGGCCAGGGGGCCGAAGGCACCCCUGGUGCAUAUUGUGGGCCGCCUGGUACUCUGGGCGCUGCAAUUUGGGCCUGUUAUGCUUCCUGGGCCUGUUGGGCCUUUAUUGGAGUAGUAGGAGUCUGUGGGCCGGGGGUUCCCGGGCCAUAUACUCCAUCAGGAGUCCCUCACUCCUUUUGCCGAAAGAUACUUGAGGGAAAAGGAGUAGUUGUGUUUGUCCUCUGCCGUUGUUCCGUUGUAGUUUGUGGUGUUGUGGGUAAUUUGCUGUUUGUUUAUUCUGCCGAGGGCAGUCCCUCAGUUACCCACAUGUCGGGACAUGAGGGGUCAUGUUUGUGAUUUUUGUGAUUUUUCUCGGGGGGGGGGGGGGGGUUCUCCAGUCCCCCACUCCUUGAGACACUUGCAAAGUGGUGAAAAGGAGUAGAGUAGUUGCGUUGCUGUUUUGGGCCGAAGGCCGACGCUUUUCGUUUCAUUUUGGGGAUGCCUCGUUAAAAACCUCAUUAGGAAAAACCCUGUGGGAAAAAAUCCUAAUGAGGGAAAAAGAGUGCACCGAAUUCCCCCAACGAUAAAUCGAAAAUGUGAAACAUUGGUUCGAAAUGGAGACUAAUGCUGAUGCCGAAGGCUUUCCUUGUUCUGAGGGCUCAUGUGUUGAUUAGCCGGAGGCUUGUUGUUGAUGUCCUGGGAGGUGCCAAAGGGGGUCUCUCAAUCCGGGGAUCGAGGGCGUAAUGAAUGCGAGUAGUAGUUGAAGUAUUAUCGGGGUGUCCCCUGUUUGUUGAUUAGUUGGUGAGGAGGGUAUCCGAGGGCUCCCGUUACCUGUGUGCCGUAGGCUGUCCGCCAAUGAGGCGUAUUCCCCGGGGGCUACCCGGCCCUCAAAGUGCUGAGGGGGGAUCCCCGAGGGGUGGCCUGUUAUGAAGCCGUUGGCUUCUGAUGGAGUGAUCCCGAAGGCAUCCGUUAUGUAGUGUGUGGGGCACAAACCGGGAGUGUCUCCGGGUAAGUGUACCCGGGGGCUCUUCUUGAUGAAGUGGAGUGAAGUAAAAAGCCCGGGGGCUAAUUUCUUGGUUGAUGAAGGAGUGGCCUGUCAAGUGUAGCUGGGAGCUCCCAGAAUAUAGCCGUUGGAGAUAUAGCCGUUGGAAUAUCUAACGUCAGGAUAUAGUCGUUGGGGGGUUGCCACGUGGUGUGUGCUCGUUGGCUGCCCGUGGGCGGGCGUCACCGAUCGGGCGAAACCACGGUUUGUAAUGAUGGUAGUCCAACCGGAGGCCCUGUUUCCAGACCCAAGCCCGGAUCCCAGCGCCUAUAAAUACCCCAUGGCCGGACACCACUCUUCCUGUGCGAUUACUUGUUAGCGAAGCUCUGCCGGAUUUUUUCUAGAGAGAGAAACACUGCCCUCGAUCUAACUCCCGCUUUAAGGUCAGUUCCCCAUCUGUUCUUCUCCCUCCUUAGCUAGCUGUAGCGGCCUUAGAUCUAGGAGUUAUAGCCUAGAACACUUAGUGUUUUCGAGCCCUCGAACCAGUGAAAGAUGUCCUCCCAAAGUGAUUCCCAGGACAUAUCGAGGGAUCCCUCGAUGGAAGAGGAGAGCUUCUCGGACGCGGGGUCCUCGAGCGAGCAACCCUCGGCCCAGGAGGAUGUCGCGAUGGCGGUGGAAAUGCAGAAGGAGUUGGUGGCCGAAGUCGAAGCCGAGGGCUUCGAGCAAGAGGCGGAGGAUGAAGAGCUUGCCCUCGCCGUGUAAGUUGCAGAGGAGGAGGAAGAGAAGGAGAGGCUGAGGGUGACCGUGGCUGUUCUUCCCCCUCGGGGUGCUGGUGAGGCUGGGAGCUCUCGACCCCUCAACCCGACGCCGAUAAGAGUGGCCCCCGGGAAAAAACAGGAGAAGAAGAAAACCGCUCCCAAAAAGAAAUGCAUUGUUGCUGAUCAGGGGAAACCCAUAGAUAUGCCCGAGGGGUACUCCUGGCUGAAUACUGCUGCCCUCGAGAUAGGGUCGAAGGUUGACAGGGAAGAUAUGUACGUGACUCAGCUGCACGUGGGUCCUUCGGCUGUGGUGGUGGCGCCGGGCCCUGAUGAUGUGCUUUCCCGGGCUCCCGAGGGUUGCAUCGCCGUACACAUUUUGUCGGUGUCAAUGGGGCUCCGGUUCCCCCUGCACCCAUUCCUUCGGGAGUAUCUUCGGUAUGUGGGCUUGGUCCCCUGCCAGUUGACGCCUAACAGCCACUCCUACGUGGCGGGAUUCCUGAAUCUCUGCCGGGCCCGAGGGGUGACCCCCAGCCUGGAUUUAUUCUUCCAGAGCUUCAACCUCUGCCGAGGGGGUCACGCGAACGCCGAGGGCUUCGCCAAUCUGCAACAGGUGGCUCGGUGGAAGUUAUUCACAGAAGCGCCCUCGUCCAACAAAGGCUGGAAGGAGCGGUGGUGCUACGUUAGAAUUGCCGAGAGCCCCUUUCCGAUGGAACUUCGGGAUCGCUUCCGUCGGCAUUCGAAGGUCGGAAGUGCUGCUCUGGAGAAGGAUGGCUUGAUAAUAGCCAAGAUUCCGGAGGGUCGCACGAAGCAAGUGUCCAUUAAGGACUUCACUGCUGACAAGGAGCUUUUCGCCCUCGGCUUUCGCAGAUAUCGCUUCCUCGGCGAAAUAGACGAGAAAUAUCCUGUGCUGGCAGGAGUUAGUAUCCGAGGGCUUCCUUUUUUUUGUACUUAGGAUUUUUCCCUCCCCCUUUUUUUUGCUCUCUUUCCCUUCGGUCUAACCCCUUUGUUUUUGUUGGCAGGUGUUAAUAUGGACGCUGGUAAACUCUUCGCUCUGAAGAAAAAGAAGGGCAAGACCCAGGCCCAGAAGAAGGACCCCUCGGUCCAACCGCCUGUGGAAGCCUUCUUUCAAAAGGAGAUUCCGGAGCCCUCUGCUGCGGAGGGAGUUGCCGGGGUGGCAGAGGAGGCCACCAAAAAGAAAAAGGGGAGCAAGGCGGUUGAGUCCCCGGCUAAGAAGCAGAGGGGUACAGGGGGAACCGUCGGCCAGGAUGCCCCUUGGUGAUCAUUGAGGAUCGCCCUUCUCCGGAUCCCCCAGUUGAUGCUGCGGCGACAGCCCAAACCAAUCCUCCCUUGAGAAGCCCCCCUCGGGAGAUCCUGCAGCUUUCCUUGGCCCCGGGGGCUUCCGUCCUACACGGCUCAGCGGAGCCGAAAGCUUUCUUGAGGGGGAUGACCUCGUUAAUGGACAAGGCUGCCCUCUCAACCUAUGAUGAUGAGGCCCUCGAGAACAGGAUCCUUCGGUCUUCAUUAACUGUUUGCGUAGCCCUCAGGGAGCACGCACAGAGGCUUGAGCAAUGGCGCCUCUGGAAGGCGGAGCAGGAUCGGGAGAUGAAGGAGCUCAUCCUGAAGAACUCCGAUGCUGUAAAGCAGAUGGCCAUGCUGGAGGAAGAUCUCCGGAAAGCUGCCGAGGGAGCUGAGCUGAAGGCCAAAGCUGCAGCGGAGGAAGCCAGGCUUGAGGCCGAGAGGGUAGCUAAGAAAGCCGCCGAGGAGGCAGAGUUUGCUAAGGCCGAGGCCGUCGCCAAAGCCCGAGAAGAAGUUGUUGCCGCAUUCAUGGCCAAGGGCUGGAAAGCCGAAGAUAGGCGGCAGUGGGUGGCCUCGGUUGUGGAGUCAUCGGUAGAUGACUGGGUGAAGGGCCCCGGGGGAGACUGGAUGGCGGAAAGGGGAGAUAGUUAUUACCAAGGGGGUGAAUUCUUCACCCAGCACCUUGUGUACCGGAGGUUAGCCAGACACUUCCAAGUCUCCCUCGAGGAAUUCGACCCCUCGGCGUAUGGCCUUCCUCCUCUGCAGCCAGACGUGAGAAACCCCCUCCCCCCGGGCGAAGAGAGGCCUGUGAUCCAUGACUCCAUGAUGAUGGGGGGAUCCGGCGAUGGUGAUGCCGAGGACGCCAUCGGGGAGGAGGUCGCCUCGAAGCCCGCCGAGGAGGCAACAACUGAAGAAAACACUUGUAGUUAAUAGCUUUUUGAACACUUUUCCUUCUUGUUUGUAAUAUUUGUGUACUCUCGGCCUCGGCCACAUUGUAAUAUAUACAUUUGAAUUUCCUCUCUUUGACGAAUGAAUGCUUGCCUUCGAGCUUUGUGUAUAUGACUUGUCCUC